UGCUCACAGUUUAGAAUGACCAGCAGAGGCAGGAAAGCUUCUGAGGCUCAGACAGAUGAGCAGAUCCAGUCUGAUCCUCCAUUCCCACCUGUUGGGACCUCACAGGAUCUCAGCUCAUUUGCCAUGCCAUUCCUGGAUGGAGAUGUGGAAAAUUCAGAGAAACAUGCUUCACGGAAGGCAGAAGACAACUGUAGUUCAUGCAGCCCUUCCAAAGGACUUUUCUCGAAGGGGCUCCAGACCCAGCCUUCCAGCCCGGCCUCGGCUCCUGUCAAAUCUAAGCAACACAGCCCGAGUUCACCGAAAACAGUAUUCCCUUUCCCAUACCAGGAGUCGCCGCCUCGCUCCCCUCGCCGCAUGAGCUUCAGCGGAAUCUUCCGGUCUUCCUCCAAAGACUCUUCUUCCCCCAGCUCUAAUGCAUCAACUUCUCCUGGGGGAAUCAAGUUCUUCUCUAGAUCCAGAAAAACCUCUGGCCUGUCCUCUUCUCCGUCAACCCCAACCCAAGCCACGAAGCAGCCAACGUUUCCGCUUGAGUCAUACAAACAUGAACCCGAGAGGCUAGAAACGCGGAUUCACACAUCCUCUCCUCCCCCAGAUACAGGCCAAAGAUUCAGCGUGACCCCAGGACAAAGCAUGGCCAAGCCCCUCGCUCCGGUGUCCACUUCAUGUGCUACCUCAAAAGGAGCAGCUCCGCUUCAGCCCCCGGCCGCUUCCGAAGGGAUGCUGGAGAAACUGGAGCUCGAGGAUGAAGCUGUUGGUGAAUCAGAAAGUGACAUCUACAUGAGAUUCAUGAGGUCACAUAAGUGUUACGAUAUUGUUCCAACAAGCUCAAAGCUUGUAGUCUUUGACACUACACUACAGGUAAAGAAGGCAUUCUUUGCUUUGGUGGCAAAUGGUGUUCGGGCAGCUCCACUGUGGGAGAGUAAAAAACAAAGUUUUGUAGGAAUGUUGACUAUUACAGAUUUCAUUAAUAUACUGCAUAGAUACUAUAAGUCUCCAAUGGUACAAAUCUAUGAAUUAGAGGAGCACAAGAUUGAAACAUGGAGGGAACUUUAUUUACAAGAAACUUUUAAGCCUUUAGUGAAUAUUUCACCUGAUGCAAGCCUUUUUGAUGCUGUAUACUCACUGAUCAAAAACAAAAUCCACAGAUUGCCAGUUAUUGACCCUGUUAGUGGAAAUGCACUUUAUAUACUUACCCAUAAAAGAAUACUCAAGUUUCUCCAGCUUUUUGUGUCAGAAAUGCCAAAGCCUGCUUUUAUGAAGAAAAAUCUGGAUGAACUUGGAAUAGGAACAUAUGAUAAUAUUGCCUUUAUACACCCAGACACUCCUAUCAUUAAAGCUUUGAAUAUAUUUGUAGAUAGAAGGAUAUCGGCACUACCCGUAGUGGAUGAGUCAGGAAAAGUUGUAGAUAUUUAUUCCAAAUUUGAUGUAAUAAAUCUUGCUGCUGAAAAAACAUACAAUAACUUAGAUAUCACAGUGACACAAGCCCUCCGACACCGCUCUCAGUAUUUUGAAGGUGUGGUGAAAUGCAGUAAGCUGGAGACGCUGGAGACCAUUGUGGAUCGGAUAGUUAAAGCUGAGGUGGGUAUGACUGUUCAAAAACAAGAGAAGAGGAGCUCUAAGUUACCUGGCCGGCUGGCUGUUUUUGCCACCCAGCAAGCUGCUCUCCAAAGCGGUUGUUCCAAAGACAGUAUUUCAUAAAUGAAGAGUCUAUAGUGCCGAGAUCCUGUUGGAUGAGCACAAGCCAUGAGAGACACCUAAAAUAGUUCUCUGUACUGGAGAGAAUUGUAAAGAAUCAACAUCAAGAUGUAAUUGCAAUUUGGUCAUUCUAAUUUUAAAUAUGCUUUAACUAUGAAUGAAAUGACUAAUAUUACACUUCACUUCUGUAAUAAAAAUAGACAUAUUGGCUUGAGUUUGUUCUUUGUUAGUUUAUGUUGCAGUGUUUGGGUUACAGACAGCAUCUGUUUUUAAGAACCACCCACUUGAAUGUGCUUAUAAUGAUCAGGAAUCAUUUCUCUUGAACUUGCAUUCUGCUCUGACAAGACAAUGAACAAAAUGUCAUCUGUGUUCUCAAAUCCCUCCACAUUUACGUAUGAACAGAUCUUUGAUGUUAAAUAAUACCUUGUUAGCAUUUCAACAAUUACUCUUUCAUACCUUUGAGAAAUGAAGUGCAACAUGUACCUGUUCUAGCUAUAGAACAAUUAGGUAUUCACACAUACGUACAGAACUACAGAAAAAAGUGUAUGUGAAUGCAUAAUGUCAGUGAGGGAACAGGAAUUGUAACUCUUUUUCAGUGAUGUGUUGGCAUAAAACUCAGUGACUUGAUCUAAGCUUCUCCUACCAUCACUGGAAAACAGAACCAGUUCAUUUUUUCCUCUUUCUAUGUCACAAUAAAUUCUGUCUCAAUUUGACUUCCCCUAAUGAAGUUGGCAUUACUUAACUUGCAGGACUUAACAUCUUACUGAAUAGUUUAAAUUUGUUGCCUCUUAAUAAAUUGAAUGUGGGAUUUGUUUUUUCUUUGGUGUUUUUUGCUUAUUUGGAAUUUCUGUCAAAUUUGUGU